AUGAAGCGCUCUGCUUCCCCGUCCCUUCGCGCAUCCAAACGAGCGAGGCGUGCGCCCAUCCGUACCCCGCAGACUAUGGCGCAGCGUCUCGCGCUUCUCACCCCCGAGGAACUUGCAGCAGCCGAGACGGCAAGGCUUGUCACCAAGCUCAAGGUGCUGCAGGCGAAGUCGGCAAAGGAAUCACAAACGCGGGGACCUAAGCGUGAUACUCAUUUCUAUAUGUCGGAUCCGUUCUCUUACGAGACACGCGACCCGGACGGAUUGGUGACGCUCGUGCAGGUAGCGCAAGAUGACAUGUUCAUAUUCCUGGUUGAGAAUGUCCUCUUCCGGCUGCCGCGCCCUCCUCUUGUCGCGCACUCUGAACUCUUUGCCAAUAUGUUCACGUUUCCACCUCAGCCUGAUGUGGGCCCUGAAGGCCGAUCAAACGAUAGGCCCAUCGUGCUGCAUGGCAUGCGUGCUGAAGGCAUGCGCCAAUUCGUCAACUGGUGGAUUGCGGGGGAGCAGGGCCACGUAUAUCCCUUUUCGCGACUGGCCCAUCUUCUCCAGUUUGCGCACCAAGCCGGCGCUCAUGACAUAUACUUCUGGGCGGCGAGCGCACUGGAUUGCUAUAACAUCACCCGUCACCAACCCUGGCAUUACAACUUAUGGGACGAGCGUGUUUGCCUCAGCCCUUCAGACCCCAGUCGCUCGCUUUGCGCUAAUAAUCGACUACCCAUAACCGGGGAGUACAUCAAUACCACAGCAUUCUUUGCACUCACUUCUUUCGACUCACCCGAUGACACUUUCCCCAUGGUGUACACCGCUGCAACCCUGCUCUGGGGUGAUGGCAUGGAUCUCGACUCUUUCGAUUGGAAACGUCGCAUCUCCCGCGCGGAGGCCCUUUGCGUAUUGGACAUGGCGAUAUCUGCAGGCAUAGAUGUUGCGUUCCUCCCAGGCGCGCUUGGAAGCGUGGUCAUCAGUGGGAAGUUAUCGGUUGAUGAGGCGGCUUGGUUGAUGAGAAACGAACAAGGGGAUGCUACGGAUGUAGCUGAAGCCGUGAAGUAUGGUGUGGAGGCCAUCCUCGCGGAUGACUCUAGCAAGAUGCUAGGACCCGGAGCGCUCCUAGUUGGCCGUUUGAAGCGCGCCCUUGACUUCUGGGCCUACUGCAGGCGGCAUGACGGUGAAGCAAUCCACGGUAUGAUGGACGCUAUCAUUAGAGUUAUGUGGCCUGCCCCGAACGAGACUAGUGAGGGCUGGGAAAUGAUGUGUGUGCAGCCAUGA